AUGGCUAGCGCACCAAAUGAAAAAACAUUUUGUUCAGCUUUAAAAGAGAAACAAGAUGAUAAUGAAAAACAAAAUAUAGGAUCAUUUACUUCUUCAUGCGAAGAAGAAAAAAUUGAAGAACAUGCUCUUUAUGUUCCGGAAAAUUUAGUGUGCUUAAUUUGUUAUGAUGAUAUCGAUGAAAGUAAUUAUAUCGAAUAUAAAACUGAUGAGCAUAGUAAAUGGUAUCCUAGUAAGUUUUGCCUGACUUGUACAGGUAUUUUAAUUGAUAGUCAAUAUGAAAAAUAUAUUAAUAGUGUGCAAAAAUCUGAAUGUUUAAAAGAACAAACAAGUUUAUUAAAAAUGGGCCCACCAAUAAAUGUAAAAGAUAAAAAUGGAUAUCCACAAUCAGAUGAUAAAGAAAUAUAUAGUCUCUGGUAUUUUUGUGAUAAAAAAAUACAUUCAGCAAAACUAAAGGGAAGUCUUAUGGGUGAAGAGAGGAUGAAAUUAUGGAAUGAGUUAAAGAACUUUCUUAUAAAAGAAGAUAAAAAGGAUUAA